AUGUUAUCGCCGGAAGACGGCAUCGAGAAGAACUUCUGUAAAGCUGUUCUGCAACUGUUGUUGGCUACCAGCUCGAGAUGUGAUGCGGUCGGAUCCUGCCUCAGUGCCCUCUCUCUAGUAGGUCCUGUGCCUAUCGAAAUUCGUCCCAAGAUCCUUGUUGGAGGCACUGAGGCACUUUCUGCCAAGGCAGGGCUUAUUUUCCUUUUACAUGCUGUACAAGCAAACAAUUUUUUUCCCGAACUCUGCAGCCUUGCCAGACUUUGCCAAGCUUUCACUGGCACCUAUGUGGAUCAGGGAACGGAACCACUUGGUGAUUGA